AUAAUGGAGACCACUGUAUACUGGGAAAAACAGAAUCCUCAAUCUAAGUUAUGUGCGUUACAUUGUCUAAAUGCCUUCCUCCAGGGGCCUAAAGUUACUAAUGAAGAGUUGGUUGGCAUUUCACAUAGGCUAGGCAAAACGGAGAGUGAGCUGUUGCAACAAUCGGGCAAGACUUUCUUCAGCUACGAUUCUUUGGGUUAUAGUUACGAUUCCAAUGGCGGCGAUUAUGAUGUAACGGUGUUGAUUGAAGCAUUGCGCUUGCGCAAUUUUCACUGCAAUUACUACACUUUGAAUGACAUGAAACUCAGCACGUUUCAGCAAAGGAAUGAUAAAUGUGGUUUUAUUUGCAACGCCCAUGAGCACUGGUUUUGCGUGAGGAUGCUUAUGACCGAUCGAUGGUUUAUUUUAGACAGUUUGAGACCCGGUCCGCAGGAAAUAGAUUAUGGAUCGCUAUAUUCGUUCAUUAGCACUCUUCUGGAAAACAAGAAAGGUGCUGUGUUUUUGGUAUCUCCUAGCAUACCAGGUAUGAAGUUGCCUGAGGCUGAACCGCACCUGUAUCCCAAGUUGGAAAGCCAUCAAAUGUUUUUAUCAUUGGAUGACAUUAAACAACUGAACGACCAGGGCACCCAUGACUUUCAGGAUGGAGAGGACAAAAGCUUCCUCUAUCGUGCUGGGCGUUCCAAACCAGGACCGGUUGUAUGGCCCACCACAGGGGGGGUACGCCUCGACGACACAAGCAGGGUACCCGUGACAACUUCCACACCAAAGAGCGACGACGAUUACACGGGCUCCGAUGCUUGCAGGGUGGCCGUCAAACUCUCUGGUACUGCACGUAUAACUCGAAGUUUUAAUCCUCGGAGCUCCUUGAGUGAAUUGUUCGCAUGGGUGGAGAAGCACAUUGACAACACAGGUGAGAUGUUUUAUACCCUGUUGCAAACCAAUCCAAACCGUCGCCUUGUCAAAUAUGUCACUGGUUGUAUCGAGUUGAUAGAAAAUGAAGGCCCCCCUCGGGAUGGUGCUAACGCCACGUUGUUGGACGCCGGUUUAGAAUCGCACGAGAUGUUCAUUUUGCGCUGUGACUAAUGGCC